AUGAUGAUUGAUCGCGAGGAUUAUGUGAUUCAUUUGAUAUUCAUACGGUAUUUGAGGCUCAUGGGUAAGGGACGUCACAGUUCGCUGGUAAGGCGCGUCACGGACUACCGACCUCCCUCGUCCCCUCUCGUAGAUCUUCGUCAAUCUUCGGCCGUCCUCGGAACAUCCCAAUUUUUAGGUGCGCAAGCGCUGAAUCAACUAAUUUAUUAA